CAAAUUUCUCGUAAUAAUCACGUUUUGAAAAGUCUACAUUAUAGUAUAAAAAGAAGAUCUCACAUUGCUAAAUCAUUAGUUUCAUUUCUUCGAUUUGACAAUAUCAACCUUAAAAACCAACAUGAACAAGUUCAUCACUUUCGCUUUGAUCGCUUUGUGCGCCAGCAUGGCUCAAGGCCAAGUUAUUGGUGGAUAUCCAUACUUGUCCAACAUUUUGGCUCAACAAAACGCCGGAGGUGCAGCUGCUUCAUCUUCUGCCUCAUCAUCCACCACAGCCGCCAACCAAGGACUUAUCUCAUCGGUUGGCCCAGUUGGACCAGCUGUCGUUGGCCCACUUGGCCCAAUUGUUGGACCAUACGGCCCAUAUGUUGCUAACCCUUAUGCCUCAAUUGCUCCAAUUGCCCCAAUCGGAGCUAUUGCCCCAGGUUAUGUCAACCCAUUGGCCGGUCCAUUUGUAGGAGCUCUCCCAGUUGGCGCUGUUGGCCCAUGCGGACAAGGUAUUGUCUUUUAAUUACCCAGUGCGAGUGUAAUUACCGGAAAAAAAAAACGAAAAAUCCUUAAAAAUUGGUGAUAUUAAUGAUAAUAAAAACCUACUUUUAGUUUGAAAAAAAAGCCACAGUUUUUUUUUUUCU